GGAGGGGGGAGGCAGGGAGAUUGGUAUGCAGUAUUUUACAUCUAGAAAGAAUCAGCCUCUGGCACCAUCAUGAAACCUCAUCUCGACCCCUGCUCCACCCCAUCUCCUGGAGCCUUUAAACGGUAGAUUUCUUCCCUUCUACAAACUCCAGCAUAAGCCUGCAGUUCUUCAACAUCUGCCAAAUACUUUCCAAGUACGUCUGUCAACCUGACCACUGUAGAUACAUGCAAUCUCAAUGCAUGCCCUCACAAUCUGCAUUUGCCUUUGCUUCCAGCUCCUAUGAACUUCUGUCUUCUUCUCCUGUCUGUCUUUUUCCCUUUUAUUUUCCUUUUUGGAAUUAGGAUCUGAUCCCUUCGGAAAAAACGGGGCUUUGCUCCACGUCGAGCUCAAAAGCGAGAGAAAAGGCUGAACCUCCCUUAAAAAAAAAAAAUCUCGAAUAAUCCGUUUCAAGCGAGAAGAGAGGGUUGUAGCCUACAAGCUGGAAAAAGAUACGGAACACCCUUAAGGAGCCACGCCGCCGCCGCCGCCAGAAGCUUUCGAGGGUAAAGAGGCGGAAGAAUCAGUCUCCUUUCUUCCCAUUUCUUCUCCGCUCUUGCCUGGCUGGUCCAGCUCUUCUAAAAAUGUGCCUCUGCGUUCGCGGAGGGAUACUUUGCAUCCUUUCAUGUGUGUAGCGGGUCUGUUUUUUGCUACUGCUACUGCUACUGGCACCGUUGCUUGCCCGCCCGCCUGCCCGCCUGCCUCAUAUAGCCAAGAGGCGAGAGGCGCUUUGCCGUCAGUCUGUGAGCGGUGCUGCUCGGCUUUCCGGGCUGGGGUUGAUGUGAGUGUAUAUGGCUGUGCGCGGGCGGGCGCGCGCGCGCGCUUGAUUGAAGGGUAGACUUGAACGCGAAGAGGAGACGCAGGAGCGGGCAAAGCAGCGGCAAAGUAAGCGGCCAGAGCUGGCUUUUCCAGGGCUCAGCACCGUCUCUUAACUUGGGAACUGUCCACCAGUGUGAGCUCCUGAAAAAAUGAACCUCCCGGUGCUCUACUUGUUCGGAUUGUUUCUCAAUAGCGGGCAAGCACUUCAAGUGUCAAUUUCCCUCAGCAAGGUAGAAGUCAGUGUGGGUGUAUCGAAAUUCUUCACUUGUACAGUAAUUGGUGAACCUGAGAGCAUAGAUUGGUAUAAUCCACAAGGAGAAAAGAUUAUUUCUAACCAAAGAGUGGUGGUGCAAAAAGAAGGUGUAAGAUCACGAUUAACCAUUUAUAAUGCCAAUGUGGAAGAUGCUGGAAUAUAUAGGUGUCAAGCAACUGAUUCUUUAGGACUUAGUCAAGAAGCUACGGUUGUUUUGGAAAUUUACCAAAAGCUCACAUUCCAGGAUGUCUCAUCACCUCAAGAAUUUGUACAGGGAGAAGAUGUACAAGUCAUUUGCCGUGUUAUUAGUUCACCAGCACCUAUUGUCAGCUGGUUAUAUCAAAAUGAGGAACUCUCAAAUAUUGCUGACAAUAGAUUUGCCAUGUUGCCAAACAACAAUCUUCAAAUUCUUAAAAUUAAUAAAAGUGAUGAAGGAGUAUACAGAUGUGAAGGAAGAGUUGAAGCUAGAGGAGAAAUUGACUUUCGGGAUAUCAUUGUAAUUGUAAAUGUUCCUCCAACAAUUAUUUUGCUUCAGAAGUCCUUUAAUGCUACAGCAGAUCGCGGAGAGGCAGUUACUUUGUUCUGUAAAGCUACUGGUUUCCCUGAACCUGAAAUCUACUGGUACAGGAAGGGCAAACGUAUUGAGGAAAGUGAUAAAUAUACAUUAAGAGGAAGGAAUAUGGAACUAACCAUAAAAGAUAUAAAAAAUAUUGAUUCCGGUCCUUAUAUUUGUGAAGCAAGAAAUAAAGCAGGAAGAGUGACAAAUCAGACUUUCAUGCAAGUUUUUGUACAGCCUCAAAUAAUACAACUUAAAAAUGAAACCACCUUUGAAAAUGGCCAAGCCACUCUGAUAUGUGAAGCAGAAGGAGAACCAAUUCCUGAAAUUACUUGGAAAAGAGCUGUUGAUGGAAUAACAUUUUCUGAAGGUGACAAGAGUCCAGAUGGUCGAAUAGAAGUCAGAGGACAACAUGGAAGAUCAUCACUACACAUUAAAGAUGUGAAAUUGACAGAUUGGGGGAGAUAUGACUGUGAAGCUGCGAGUAGAAUUGGAGGACAUCAAAAGAGCAUGUAUCUUGAUAUUGAAUAUGCUCCAAUCUUUGUGUCAAAUCAAACAAUUUAUUAUUCUUGGGAAGGAAAUCCUAUCAACAUAAGUUGUGAUGUUCUGUCUAAUCCAGCAGCAUCUAUUCAGUGGAGAAGAGGAAAACUGGUUUUACCUGUAGAAAAUACAACUCAUUUAAAGACUCAUGGUAGUGAAAGCAAAUUGAUAUUAGAGAUUGCUCCCACAUCUGAAAUUGACUUUGGACAUUACAAUUGUACAGCCACAAAUAGAAUAGGGAAAAGAUAUCAAGAAUAUAUCCUUGCCUUGGCUGAUGUACCAUCCAGUCCACAUGGAGUGAAAAUUGUAGAUAUAUCACAGACCUUUGCUAAAGUAUUUUUUAAUAAACCAGAUUCUCAUGGAGGUGUCCCAAUUCAUCAUUACCAAGUAGAUGUAAAAGAAGUCACUUCAGAAACAUGGAAAGUUGUUCUUUCACAUGCAGUCCAGACUACAGUUAUUCUCAGCAAUCUGGAACCAAAUACAACAUAUGAAAUAAAAGUUGCUGCUGUAAAUGGAAAAGGACAAGGAGAAUACAGUAAAAUUGAGAUAUUUCAGACUUUACCCGUUCGUGAACCAAGUCCUCCAUCAAUUCACGGACAACCAGGUAGUGGGAAAAGCUUUAAACUUACCAUAACAAAACAAGAUGAUGGAGGAGCACCUAUUUUAGAAUAUAUUGUAAAAUAUAGAAGUAAAGAUAAGGAAGAGCAAUGGCAAGAAAAAAAGGUUCAUGGUAAUAAAGACUUCAUUAUUCUUGAGCACUUGCAGUGGACAAUGGGUUAUGAAGUGCAAAUUACAGCUAUAAACAGGCUGGGAUAUUCUGAACCAACUUUAUAUGAGUUCAUCAUGCCACCAAAGCCCAAUAUUAUCACAGCAGAUACUUGCUGUGAAGCCCAUAAAGGUGGAAUUGGAAGUCAAUCACUGCAGCUGAAUGCUGCUGGUUUUGUUUUCUUGAUAGUUAUAAGUAUGUUGUGUAUUUUUUAAUAUUGGUGAUGAACCAAGCCCAUAGUGGAACAUUUGCUCUGUAUUUUUUUUAAUCUAAAAUAAUAUGCAUAAAAUUAGAUUUUUGGCACUCUUUUAAAAUAUUUGUUAUGUUAUACUAACACCACAGCAAUGGAAGAUACUGCAUAAAUAUUUCUUACAAGUGGUUUUUUUCAGUGAAAAAAACAUAAAUCACAAUUUGCUUUUUGGUAGGUAUAAUUUGAUGUAAAGGCUUCAUUGCCUGGAAAUAUUUUAUAAUUCAAAGGUGACACCUACCAAGUUAAAAUCUGUCCUUGGUUCAUCAGCGUAUACAGUUUCAAAUACACAUUUGAUUGGUUGCUUGUAGUGUGGUUUAAAGUAAAAGAUUUUUCUUCUCAUCUAACUUUUUGCCAAUCAAUAUACAGUUAUUAAUAGGAUUAUGUAAUCACCUGUAUGUUAUGAUUUGCAUAUAAUCAGAGCUUUAUUAUUAAACAUUUGGUUUCAUCUAAACUACUAUGCAUAUUGCUGUGCCUUUAUGGAAAUGUGUUUAUAUGUGAUUUCUUCCUUAUUAUAUCAUUCCUUUAAAAAAAAUUGGUAAAAUUCAGCCUUCACUUAGUUAGUAAACUAGUUAAACAGAUUUUUGUAUUCAUCUCUAUAAUAUAUCUAAGAUUAUCUCUGCCAUUAAAUAAAUAAUUUUAAAAAGAUUGUACUUUGCUUAUACUUAAACAAUACCAAAUAAAGACAUUGCAAAAUAUCACUCAAGUCAGAGGGAAGUAUAUAUAUAUAGUUCAAACUGGUAACUUCCCCUAAUAAAUUUCUUUCGUAUUCUUAUCACAAUUAAAUCCUCUAAAUAUUAUAAUAAUAUUAAUAUUACUAUAACAUAAAAUGCAACUAUAAGCUAAAACUGUCUGAUCCAUGCAUACUCAUGCAAACACAAACAAAAAACACUUUCUCGUAUUACAGCUAUCCUCUAAAUGUCAUCAUGACCUUUAUUUCAAAUGUCAUUAAAUUUUAAGGCAUCUUCCAAUGUUACUGAUAAAAUGGCAUGCAGAUACAUUGCAAAUCAAAAUAUAAGAUGUCAGAUUAUUGAUCUUGUAAAAGUAUUACUUCAAACAACAUAAACAUAUUUACUCUUAUUACCAAGGUAUAGGAUUGAAGCUUUAAAAAGUUUUUUUUUUCCUCAUCAAUAUAUCCAAAUUGUAAUAUAAAGUAAUUCUCAUAUCAAAACCUGACAAUAAACAUGAUUUAUUUAUAAUAGAAGUUAUAUAAUAGGAAUACUUAGAAUAUUUCAUGUUUCUAAUAGACAAGAAUAGUUCUACAUUAAUUUAAUUAUAAAUAAUAAUAAUAAUAAAAUGGCAACAAGUCUUGCCUAGUUGCACCAGUUGUGACAUUAGUAUUCUCUAUGAAGAGUUUUUGUUUUUAUUUUUUGGCUCUUUUACAGAGAUUGGAACAAUGAUAUUCAAAUUCAUAUUGGCCUGAGAAUCUUACUAAAAAUACAUAACUUUGUAAGUUUUUUUUUUACCUAUUCCAUUCUGCUGGGAUAAAAAAUAGCAUAGCAUGAGCUGCAAUGACUCACACUAUUUCAUUCCUUUAUUAGGCUGGCAAAUAAGUAAGUAAGUAAGUAAGUAAGUAAGUAAGUAAGUAAAUAAAUAAAUGCAUACAGAAAUGCAUACAUGCAUACAUACAUAGUCAUUGAAUACCACGGCAUUUUAAAUAAAUAAAUAAAUACCACGGCAUAAAACUUUGGGGAAAUUUCCAUGAACACAAAUUUUCACUGUAUUUAUGUUAAAGGUACAUUAAAUUGAGAGAUUUGAAAUUAAAUAUGUUUGGUAUUAGGGAGAACAUUAACCUAUUUUAGAUUAUAUCUGAUAGAUAUUGCAUACAAUUUAUGUAUAGGAUUUUACUUUUUUAAUUUUGGAAAAUGUAACUAGUUUAUAAUAGCAAGAUGUUUUAAUGUUCAAACAGCACUAUAAUUCUAUUUUAUCAUGUGCAUGUUUCUUUAACAAAAAUUUAGGUAAUAAGGUAGCAGCCAUAAUAGUAGACAGAUUUCUAAAAACUGCAGUCUAGGAUCUCCGUAUUGAAUAUCUUCAGACAAGAAGUAGAAUCUAUAAGACAACAGGAAAUUAUGCUCCCAAAUAUGUCUCAUUUCCACUCAUCCAUCUUUGUCCCAGAUAAUGCUAAUUCAUGACUAUUGAUCACUGGUAAUCACUUCCUCUUCUAAUUUUCAGAGAAGGUGGCUAGGUGGAAACAUCCACUGGAAAAAAAAAUUGCAACUUAGAGAACCUGAAUUAGGUUGCUCACCUUAUAUCUUCACCAUGGCAAAUGUAUUGGUAGCAGGCUUCAGGUAUUCAGGAUUACUUUCCGAUUCCAUAAUCAUCAAAUGGUUUUCCCAUCACUCUACUCAUGACACUUGUAACUAAACUUUUUUAAAGUGACAUGGAACAGUAUAAAAGAGCCUAGCCCUGAUCUGAUAUUGAAAACUAGCGAACAAGAUCUAGUUCUUAUCUUCAUUGCCAGGUUGCCCAAUUGAAUUUUGCAAACCUUUGUUUGCAGGACAGGAAUGGACGACUUCAAGCCCUGUUGUCUUAUUUUCCUUUUUCUAGACCAAUAUUAUAUUUUGAUUGGCAUAUGAGCAAGUGUUAUAACCAUUGUGCUAGUAAAAUAGACAAUUGUUUUUGCAGCAAUUAUAUUUUCAGGAAAAAAAACAGGAAAUAAAGGAAAGCAAUUUUUAUUUUAAAGAUGAUUGUUGUAUCUGUACUUUAUGUAUUUUGAUGUUCUCUCUUUAUCUCUCUCUUUCUCUCUCUCUCUCUCUCUCUCUGUGUGUGUGUGUGUGUGUGUGUGUGUGUGUGUGUUUGUGUGUAUAUAUGAACACAGACACAGAGAAACAUACAUGUUCAAUGUCAACUAUUUGGGGAUAGCAUGUUUGCAAAGGCAUUGUCCAAGGGUCUAUCUUGCAGCUGUUGCUAAAAUGUCUCAGUGCACAUAGUUUUCUUCUAAAGGCAUCCAGGGACCAGAAAAAUUACUCUAUCAGAAUAUUAUGAACAAAAAAAGGAUAGUAUAUCACAUGCAUUCUGACACCUAUGUUACCUAUAACCCUGAUAUAUCCAAUGAUAAACAAGACAAAGCUUAAUAAUAGCAAAGAACUGGCCCAGCUCUUGGAAUGAAGAGGAGAAAGAAAGUCUGAAAAUAUGAGAUUUAGAGCACUAAUUUAAUUGAGAAGUUAGAUGGGAGUUGAAAUAUGUAGAUGUGGAAAAGAAAGAUAAAAGAAAAGAAAGACUUGAAACAGAAGAGACAUAAAGAGGGCAUAUAUUUUUCUUGGCAUUGCCCCAAACAGUUUCCCACCAAUAAAAAAAGUAAUGGGUGAAUUUUAAUUUAUUUAAUAAAACAUUUAAUAAAACAUUUUAAUUAGUAGGUGACUUAUUCAUUGGGAUUGAACUCUGUUGCAUAGCUUUAAUUUUAAAAAGUGUAUAAUGUAGUGUGCAUUGGAACCUAUUUGUGGGUUAUGUAAUUCACUUAAUUCUAGUAAUUCAUUGCCUUUAUUAUUAACCCUUUAAAAAAAAUCCUGAAAUAGAGCAAAUCUCAUUAAAUGUAGCUUGCAGUCCCUAAGUGUUAUUUUGGUCUUAAUCCAAAGCAAGACUGCAGAGCAUUCCAGUCUUUUGAAAACAAAAAUACUGGCCUAAUCAAAUGAUCAUUUAGGUUGGAGGUCCCCAAGCCCUGGGCUGUGGCCCACUACUGGGCCGUAAACCAUUCAGAACUGGUUUGCAGGAGCAGUGGGUGACUAUACGCAUGCAUAUAUCCCCACUUGCAUGAACAGCAGGCAAACAGUAGGUGAGUGUGUGCACCUAUGCUCCAUUUGCACGAGCAGUGGGAGUGCAUGCCUGUAGUUUAUAUAAAUGGAGCUGUGUGCAUGCUUGCCUGCCAUUUGUGCAGGAACUUCCCCUUUCUCCCCUUCCAAUGGUCCUCAAAGCUGGAAAGGUUUAGGAACUCUGACUUAAGUUACAUUUUAGUCUUGAAUUUAUUAAAUUAACUUUGAUUAUAAUGUCAGUUCCCUAAUUUUAGUUUGAAGCUGGUUUCUUUUAGCAUGAGACCCAGCAUCUGCUUUCCUCUCACCUGUACAAAGAAAAAAGAGAAAGAAACUUACAUUCAAACUUAAAUCCAAGAUUCACUUGUAUGAACUACCACUGAAACAGAAGCCUAUGUGAGAAUAACGAUGAGGGAAUGAGUGAAAGACAACAGAUCACAACAAAUAUCUAAAAUAUUAUUUAAGAACAAAAUUCUCCAAAUAUAGAAUAUGUAUAUUUAAAGUAGUUUAUGAACCGUACAUUUUCAUUUAAUUUUUGUCCAUGUCAUUCUGUGCUAUUAACAACCACAAAUGUUUACUGUCAUGUAUCUUAUUUUUCUUAAAAGAUGUGCAAAUUGUAUAUGUAAUAGCCUCUUCCUAAGUGUAAUGUCAAAACAUAUGUAACAUUAUGCAUAUUUUUCAUUGCAUACUUGCUUGGUGUUGCUUUUCUUUUAUGUAACCUUUUUAA